CGUCGCUGUCAGAGCACUGUAGAUAUUCAGGACAGCGGGUCAGGAAGACACCAAAAAAAGAAGGGAGAACAUCACAAACUUUAAACUCGAACAUUUGAUUCGUUGAGAUCAGUAUGAAAGCCAUCAGUCCCGUCCGAUCGGUGAGAAGCUGCUACAAGGCCGUGUGCUGCAUCUCGGAGCAGAGUCUCGCCAUCAACCGGAAUAAACUGUCGUGCCUGGAGGAGCCGGUGGGCGCCCUGUGCGACAUGAACGACUGUUACUCCAAGCUGAAGGAGCUGGUGCCCAGCAUACCGCAGAACAAGUCGGUGAGCCAGGUGGAGAUCCUGCAGCACGUCAUCGACUACAUCUUCGACCUGCAGAUCGCGCUGGAGACGGAGGACGCGGCGGCGCCGGAGAUGGUUCUGUCAAUAAAGACCGCGGAUCUAACGCGCAACUUCUCCAAAGAAGAAGGUCGAUUGUGCCAUUAGGAUCGAGAUGAUCGAUUGUGGUGCAGGGAAACACAUGUCUCCACUUCACUCCGGGCAAGAGGACAAGAGGGGCAGAAAGGGUGGGAUAGGUAUUUGGAGGAGAAAAGGAGAAGAAGAAGAAGAAGAAGAAGAAAAGAGGAGGGAGGUGGAGGGGUUUUUUGAAGAAAGAAAACACGAGAAAAAAGUGGACUGUUUCCACGAUGAGUGGGGGAUCAACAGCAGUGCAUGAGCAAGAAAACAGAGACUCAUUCUUUUGGCCCCUGGACAGACAAAUCAACAGACCAAAGCAGACGCCAGGAUUGGAAACUGAAAGCGUGGGACCCCCUGUUAGUAGACAUAGAACCAUUUGGUACAUUGUCCCUCUAUCGUCUUUUAAUUUUUUUUUUUUUAAAUAACUUUGUUGCAUUCCAAAACAAACUUCUCGUGGCUUAAGCUCCACACCCAACCCUGACCCCCUUUCUACACCAAGUGUCACAUCAUCAUCAUCAUCUCACUGAAUGACUUCCCUCCCUCUUAAUCUGAUUUGUAAUGAUCUGGAGACUGUUACUUCAUGUGAAUGUGUACAUAUCUCGCUGUGGGUAUGUAUGCUGUGUGAGUACAUUUGGAUGUUGGUAUGUUUUUUUUCCUGAAUGGGCGUUUGGGUUUUCAUAGGUAUAAUCAGAACUCUAUACUAGAGUUAAUUGUAAGUGUUUGUAGGGAUCGUGCAUUUCUACAGACAAUGUGUUGUGGGUUUUAUAAACUCGUUUUAUUAUAAGGUUUGUUUGUAUGUUCUUAUGUAAUGAAAUAAACAAAACAUGUGAAACCG